GAUCGGUUUUAUCGGUUUGUUGUAAUCGAGCAUCAACGUUGGUGGUUACAUAGUGGUUGGACCGCAUUAUUAUUACCAAAUGAGAGACCAGAAUGGUCUGACGAAUAUUUGUCGAAGGUACCAUCAAUUGCAUUAUUUCAUUUACCCCCACCUACUACCAGGCUUGACAAAAAAACUCUCAAUGUAACCAAAAUCAGUUGGGAGUGGGUUUCACAAGACUGGCAAAUGGAUGAGAAUCGUAACGUGGAUAAAAAUGGAUGGGAAUAUGGUAGCUGGGACUGGACGGCAUGGAGUACCAAGUCUUCUGGCUUACGCGUGCUCACACGACGCAGACAUUGGAUUAGAAAUGCACGUCUUAUUGAAGAGUCAGUUAGUAAUGAUAUCACGUUGCCUAUAAACAUCGUCACCAAAAGAUCAAAUACGUGCGCUUCUAGUUCGACAUCACUAUCUUCGGAGGACUCAUUCUUGUGUUCUACACCUACCAAUUGCACUUUGCUUCAAAGGUCAUCAUCCACAAGCACGAGUAAAUAUUCCGUGGAACCAUCUAUUUUCUCCGACCAUUCAAAUAUGGAAAAUCAACUGUGGUUACGCCGCUAA